GAGUGGCACCCGAGAGAGGGAACACAGAGAGCCAGAGGAGGGGAGGAACGGGAAGAAAAUACAAGAACGGAGGCUUUUAUACAACAUAGUCAAUAUUUCACAGUUGAAAUGGCAAAUACAGCAGGAGGAGUAUUCUUUACUUUCCUCUUGUUCCUGAGUGCUACUGUGCCAUGUUUUGCUGUGCAUAACAGCGGGGAGUGCUUCUUCAACACCAAAGGGAGCUGUGAAUACAUGGGGCAGGUUUACGGGAUCGGAGAGACCUGGGUAACCGGUGACUGUUUCCAGUGUGUUUGCAUGGAGCCUUUUGGAGUCGGAUGCUGUGACCAGGGGUCUAAACCUGUGGACUAUCCAGACUGGUGUGAGAUCAUCCGUAAACCCGACUCUUGCACUAGUGUUGCAGUGAUGCGAGCCAAUCAUAAACUGCCGUGUCUGUGGGGACGAGGACGUCUCAGACCAGCUGCAGGUCGACCAUGGAAAUCUGACAAUGAUCCUAUAUUUUGAGUUGAGCAAUUAAUGCAGAAAAGCAAUAAGGCAAUGCAUGAUAAUUUUUUAGAAUUCAAUAAAUGAACCUAAUUAUUUUUCAUCUUAUUUUAUCUGCAAAUUAUUGCUUCAACAAUUACCUGUCACUAUCUUUGUGUUAUUCCAUACUUUUUAAACAUGUCUGUUUAAAUG